AUGUCCAAAAAUUGUAUUAUUUUAAAUCAGUCUUUGCUACGUAUCUAUGCCGUACCUGAUAACGCUUUUGACGAAAAGGAAGCGGAGGGUGACGAUGAAGAAGAGGUGACAUUGUUGUCGGAGCAUCUAAAACCGACUGUCAAUAUUCCGGCUGUCAACAAUACUGUUGGAACCAGGCUAACUAUCGGAGCCUCGAGCUCUCGUGGAGAUUCAGACGAUCCGGCUCGUCUAACCAUUGAGGCGGAAAAAUCUGGUUCCGAAAAGCCUACAGACGUGUCCUCUUGA